CCGCUCCGGGCUCGCUCUCGGCUGGCGGCGGCGGCGCGGAGGGCCAGGCGUGCAGGAUGCGGCGCGGGGCGGCCCGGCGCCCCCCUGCCCCGUCACGGCAGCCGCGGCGGCCGCGGGGACCGGGCCAAGGCCGGGGGCGGCGGCCCGAGCCGCGGUAGCGGCGGCGGCGGCGGCGGCGGCGGCGGGAGGGGCGGCCUGCGGGCGGCCGGGCGCCCGGGUGCCGGGGCUCCGCGCUCCGCACGGCCCGGCCCGGCCCCGGCGCCAUGAGCGGCGGCGGAGGGGGCUCGGCGCCCAGUCGCUUCGCCGACUACUUUGUCAUCUGCGGGCUGGACACCGAGACCGGGCUGGAGCCGGACGAGCUGUCGGCGUUAUGCCAGUACAUACAGGCUUCUAAAGCCAGGGAUGGUGCCAGGCCUUUCACUUCCAGUACAGCUGAAGGAGAAAAUUUUGAGCAGACACCGUUGAGACGAACAUUCAAGUCUAAGGUCCUUGCCCGAUAUCCUGAGAACGUAGACUGGAAUCCCUUUGACCAAGAUGCAGUGGGAAUGCUGUGCAUGCCCAAAGGGCUGGCGUUCAAGACCCAGGCCGACCCCAGGGAGCCUCAGUUUCACGCCUUCAUCAUCACAAGGGAGGACGGCUCGCGGACCUUUGGCUUUGCCCUCACGUUUUACGAGGAGGUGACGAGCAAGCAGAUCUGCAGCGCGAUGCAGACGCUCUACCACAUGCACAAUGCCGAGUAUGACGUCUUCCACGCGCCCCCGGAUGGCCAGGACCACAGUGGCCUGCGGGACGGCGGGGGCGCUCCUGGGACCAAGCUGCAGCGCCUCAACUCCUACGACAUCAGCCGGGACACGCUCUACGUCUCCAAGUGCAUCUGCCUCAUCACGCCCAUGGCCUUCAUGAAGGCGUGUCGCAGCGUCCUGGAGCAGCUGCACCGGGCGGUCACGUCGCCCCAGCCGCCCCCGCUGCCCCUGGAGAGCUACAUAUACAACGUCCUCUACGAGGUGCCGCUCCCGCCCCCUGGCCGCUCCUUGAAGUUUUCCGGGGUCUACGCGCCCAUCGUCUGCCAGAGACCAAGCACCAGCGAGCUGCCCCUGUUCGACUUUCCUGUCAGAGAGGUGUUCGAGCUCCUGGGGGUGGAGAACGUGUUUCAGCUCUUCACUUGCGCCCUGCUGGAGUUUCAGAUCCUGCUCUACUCGCAGCACUACCAGCGGCUGAUGGCGGUGGCGGAGACCAUCACGGCCCUCAUGUUUCCUUUCCAGUGGCAGCACGUCUAUGUCCCCAUCCUCCCGGCGUCUCUCCUCCAUUUCCUAGACGCCCCUGUGCCGUACCUGAUGGGCUUGCACUCCAAUGGCCUGGAUGACCGCUCAAAGCUGGAGCUGCCUCAAGAGGCCAACCUCUGCUUUGUGGACAUUGACAACCACUUCAUUGAGCUGCCGGAGGACUUGCCUCAGUUUCCCAACAAAUUGGAGUUUGUCCAGGAGGUGUCGGAGAUCCUCAUGGCCUUUGGCCUCCCUCCCGAAGGAACCCUUCCCUGCAGCGAGAGCGCCGCCAAGCUGAAGAGGCUCCGGGCCUCCGAGCUCGUCUCCGACAAGAGGAACGGGAAUGUUGCAGGCUCCCCUUUGCAACCCUACGAGCUCCUCAAGGAGAAUGAAACCAUUGCCCGCCUUCAGGCCUUGGUCAGGAGGACUGGGGUGAGCCUGGAGAAGCUGGAAGUGCGCGAAGACCCCAGCAACAACAAGAGUCUCAAGGUCCAGUGCGACGAGGAGGAGCUCAGGAUUUACCAGCUGAACAUUCAGAUCCGGGAAGUGUUUGCAAAUCGUUUCACUCAGAUGUUUGCCGAUUACGAGGUGUUUGUCAUUCAGCCCAGCCAGGAUAAGGAGUCCUGGUUUACCAACAGGGAGCAGAUGCAAAACUUUGAUAAAGCGUCUUUUCUGUCAGAUCAGCCGGAGCCCUACCUGCCCUUCCUCUCGAGAUUCCUGGAGACCCAGAUGUUUGCUUCCUUCAUCGACAACAAAAUCAUGUGUCACGACGACGACGAUAAAGACCCUGCGCUCCGGGUGUUUGAUGCCCGCGUCGACAAGAUCAGGCUGCUGAAUGUUCGGACCCCCACCCUGCGCACGUCCAUGUACCAGAAGUGCACCACCGGCGACGAAGCAGAGAAGGCAAUUGAGCUGCGACUGGCAAAAAUCGAUCAUACUGCGGUUCACCCGCACCUGCUGGACAUGAAGAUCGGACAAGGAAAGUAUGAGCCGGGCUUCUUCCCUAAGCUGCAGUCGGACGUGCUCUCCACCGGGCCAGCCAGCAACAAGUGGACAAAAAGAAAUGCCCCUGCCCAGUGGAGGCGGAAAGACCGGCAGAAGCAGCACACGGAGCACCUGCGUUUGGACAAUGACCAGAGAGAGAAGUACAUCCAGGAAGCCAGGAACAUGGGCAGCACCAUCCGACAGCCCAAACUGUCCAACCUCUCCCCGUCCGUGAUCGCCCAGACCAACUGGAAGUUCGUGGAGGGGCUGCUGAAGGAGUGCCGCAACAAGACCAAGAGGAUGCUGGUGGAGAAGAUGGGGCGAGAGGCUGUGGAGCUGGGGCACGGGGAGGUGAGCAUCACAGGAGUGGAGGAGAACACGCUGAUCGCCAGCCUCUGCGACCUCCUGGAGCGCAUCUGGAGCCACGGGCUGCAAGUAAAGCAGGGGAAAUCAGCCUUGUGGUCGCACCUGUUGCAUUAUCAGGAAAACCAGCAGAGAAAACUCGCCUCGGGAAGCGUCGGCCCGUCAGGAAUAUUUCUUGAUUCGGAGCGGAGGAAGUCCGAUGCCGGCUCAGCCAUGUCUCCCCUGAGAGUGUCCCUGAUUCAGGACAUGAGGCACAUCCAGAACAUCGGGGAGAUCAAGACCGACGUGGGAAAAGCCAGAGCGUGGGUGCGGCUGUCCAUGGAAAAAAAGCUACUUUCCAGACACCUGAAGCAGCUUCUCUCAGACCACGAGCUCACCAAGAAGCUGUACAAGCGCUAUGCCUUCCUGCGCUGCGACGACGAGAAGGAGCAGUUCCUCUACCACCUCCUCUCUUUCAGCGCCGUGGAUUACUUCUGCUUCACCAAUGUCUUCACCACCGUCUUGAUUCCUUACCACAUCCUGAUCGUGCCGAGCAAGAAGCUGGGCGGUUCCAUGUUCACCGCCAACCCGUGGAUCUGCAUCUCAGGAGAACUGGGGGAGACACAGAUUCUGCAGAUUCCCAGGAACGUGCUGGAGAUGACCUUCGAGUGCCAGAACCUGGGGAAGCUCACGACGGUGCAGAUAGGCCACGACAACGCCGGGCUGUACGCCCGGUGGCUGGUGGAGCACGUGACGGUCAGGAACGGGGUCACCGGCCACACCUACAAGUUCCCAUGUGGCCGGUGGCUGGGGAAGGGCAUGGACGACGGCAGCCUGGAGCGGGUCCUUGUUGGGGAGCUGCUCAUGUCCCAGCCGGAAGUGGACGAGAGGCCGUGCCGGACGCCCCCCCUGCAGCCAUCCCCCAGCGUCAUCCGGAGGCUCGUGCCUGUGUCGCCCAACAGCAAGCCCAAGCUGAACACUGGGCAGAUCCAGGAGUCCAUUGGCGAGGCCGUCAAUGGCAUCGUGAAGCACUUCCAUAAGCCCGAGAAAGAGCGGGGGAGCCUGACGCUGCUGCUCUGUGGGGAAUGUGGCCUCGUCUCAGCCCUGGAGCAGGCUUUCCAGCAUGGGUUCAAAUCGCCACGGCUCUUCAAAAAUGUCUUCAUCUGGGAUUUCCUGGAAAAGGCGCAGACCUACUAUGAGACUUUGGAGCAGAACGAACUGGUCCCAGAGGAGAACUGGCACACGAGGGCCCGGAGCUUCUGCCGCUUUGUCACCGCGAUCAACAGCACCCCGAGGAACAUCGGCAAGGACGGCAAGUUUCAGAUGCUGGUGUGCCUGGGAGCCAGGGAUCACCUCCUGCACCACUGGAUCGCCCUGCUGGCCGACUGCCCCAUCACGGCACACAUGUAUGAGGACGUGGCGCUCAUCAAAGACCACACGCUUGUCAAUUCCUUGAUCCGCGUGCUGCAGACCCUGCAGGAGUUCAACAUCACGCUGGAGACGUCCUUGGUCAAGGGCAUCGAUAUCUGACUGCCGGCGCUGCUGGCAGCAGGGCCUGGGGGGGGGGCUCUUUCCCUCCCCCCCCCCCCAGCGGGUGCAGGCCCGGACGUCCGCUCACUGUAAACAGACACGUAGAGGAUUUUUGGGAAAAGGAUCUAUUUUAGAGUUUAUUUGCCGAUGUGCUUUUCACACACUUCCAUGUGAAAGGGAGAUCAGCAGAGGGAGACCGAGGCGGCGCGGCUUAUUUUGAAGCCGGGCCCUCCCUCGCCGUGGUGGAGCCCGCGGCCUCCCUGGACCGAGCCCGCGGCGCCUGCGGGGCCGUCCGUGUCCUCGCCCGCCACGAUGCCGAGGCCAUUCCCCGUUGUUUUUAAACCACCGUUUUCUAUAUUAACGUGGCUGUGGCUGUUUGGCUGUCGCAGGCCACACAGGCGCGCUGAGCAGGCCCGUCGGGGUUCCUCGGCGGGGCCGCCCAAGUCAGCCCGUGUCUUGCCGGGUGGCGGGAGGGACCGUCGUGGCACGUCGCGUCCCUCUUGGCACACGGCCCACGGAGGUAAACAUAUGCAUGUUUCCACAGGCUUUCUUUUGCCUUCUCUUUUUUCUUUUUAACAUGUUAUUUAUUUAACCCUCCAUUGUAUGUUUUAAGUCUUUUUCUUUUUUUCUUUUUUUUACGGAAAGAAAAAGCUCGUCAGAGUCUAACUGGCUGUUAUUAUUGUUAAAUUUAUGUUGUUUUGCAACUUAGAAACCAGCUGCAGUAUGGCCCACUUAAUAAAACACCUGAAACAAAA